GGAAUUUACCGGAUCGCAAUUUAUUCUGCGAAAUUACACAGAUAUAAGAUGGGAUAAACGUAUUACAGUUCCAGCUGAUGAUUUACGACAUGAUCGAAGCAUUGAUCAAGCCUACAAUAUAAUCACUCGCUCAUCCACUUUUCCAUUGCAAGCGUGGAAUUGGAAAUUAAAAUUAACUAGUCAGCUUGUGCCAAAUUCAUGCGAGGAAUUAAGGAUGUUUUUGGUCUCAGACGAUAUCGAUCAGCCACGCUCUAUCGAAUAUCUCAUACAGAUUGUCGAUGAACGAAAAGUGAUCCGAUCAUUCCCAUCAAAGAAAAAUUUCACCAAAACAAGAUACAGUGCUGAUAUUGAAAUUGAAAAGAAGAUAGAUCUCAGUGAACUUUAUACCGACAACUCUCCACUGCUUGUGAAUGGAGAACUUCAUUUACAGAUAACAUUGAGACCUAUUGAUUAA